AUGAUCUCUGGGCUGACCAUCGCCGGGUUGGUCCCCUUCCCGGAGCCGGAGCGGUACCAAGGAAGCGUUUUGAACCUCAUCCAGAAGCUGCAGUCCAUCCGCCCUGUGCGCUACAAGGUUCCGGGUAUCUCGCCCCAUAUUGACACGCACCAGAACUGCGGCAUUCGCCAUUUGCAGCUUCUCAAGGCAGUUGGGGCUGAGCCCAUUCGUUUGACCAACGAGUUGUACCAAGACUUCAAGCGCCGUGGUCAGAAGACCGGCGUGUUCUCGGAGGAGCUCUACAAUGAGCUCAAGGUUGAAGAGAUCCAUCCGGCCGCGGAUAACUUCAAGGAUGACCAGGAUCACUUUGUUCAGGAGUCUUGGGAGUUGGACUUUGAAGUAGAUCAAGGAAGAAAGAGGGGAUGGUGCGUUGUUUGCUGA